GUUUAACCCAACACGUAGGCGGUGGGUUAAACCACUCAGCGGUCGACGCGUGGCGCCACGUUGGCGAGGGCGUCAGGCGUUCAAAAUUCGCGCGGGCCGACCACUCUGACGCUCCCUCUGCUCUGUUCUGCUCUGCGAUGCCUGCGCCUGUCAAAAUCGUCCUCUCUCUCCUCUCUCUCUCCCCCGUUCUCCGUUCCGUUCCGUUGCGGGGGAGAACAAAAGCCUUUACGAAAGCUGCUUCUCUUCCCCUCCUCUGCUCUCUCUCUCCAUUCUCGCCGACGAUCUCUCUCUGUCCAUUCUCGACUCCGACGCCCCGCCGACGACCUCGCCUCCGCCUCCGCCUCCGCCCCCAACGCCCUCUCGCGACUCCGACGCCCCCGACCCAAGCUGGUUGCCUCGACGCCGACGACGCCACCUCCGCCCCCGACACCCUCUCGCGACUUCGACGCGCCCGACUCAAGUCGGUUGCCUCCGACGCCUCCGACGCCCCCGACGCCGCCUCCGCCUCCACCCCGACGCCCUCUCGCCACUCCGUCGCCCCCGACUCCGACGCCGACGCCCACCUCCGCCUCUGCCUCCGCCGACACCCUUUCCACCUCCGCCGAAGCCUCGACCGAUCGUUCGGCUGGGGACUCUGCUCAUAUCUCACAGCGUCAUCGUCAAUGUCAUCUGCUGCAUUGCUGGGGUUCUGGCUCUGCUUUUGCUGCCGAUUCUCACCAAGAACACCUACAUUCCAGGUGAGCGCCGCUUCCGAUUCCUUUCUCCACUCACUCGCUCGUGACCAACCGGCCUGAAAGUGAACGUGCUUUCCCGGGAGAUUCGAACUCUCUAUCGAGUGAACGUACCUCGAGGUGUCGGCAGAGGUUUGUGCUGCUCAGUGCGCAAUAUUUGAAAGAGCGGUGGCGGCUUUAGGUUCAGACUAUGCCGCCAUAUGCAUUUUAUUUUUUGAAAAUUUAGUGUGGACUUAGGAAUGCUUGUGAAAUUUGAAUCCGUGAUGGAAAUCAUGAUGAUCUUGCUGGAGUGGUAUGUGAUGAGUGGCCAAACAAAUUUUGUGGUUCUUAUGCUUUUCUUGGCCAAGCAAAUUUUGUGGUAAUGUGCUAUUGCGUAAGCUUGUCUGUUCCUGUAAUCUUGUCUCUGCCGUGACAGGUUUGAUACAGUAGGUUAGAUUCUAUAGCCAGAAACGGAGAGGGAAAGCAAAUAGGUUCUGUUGUGAAAAUCAAAGAAGUGCACGUCGUUUGUCGGCUAAGGAAGUUUUGUGUAUUUA